AUUCGAAUGAACAGCUCAUGAGCGGAUGGCACAUCUCUAACCCUGAUCGCAAAUAUUUGUGAGAUGAUGGUCUUUUGUUUGAAUUGAAGCACAUAAGUUCGCGUGGGAAAAACUAAAUUUCAGGAAAGCUAAAUUAUCCGAAAAGUAAAUAUGUCUAGGAGCUCAAACGGGAUAAGAUCUGGAAGAAUAUUGAGAAUGACCUCCUGGAGUGCUCAUGGAACUAGUUUGCUUGCUCCGCGCGUGAAUGUAGGUACCUUUAUUGCCAGUUCAGAAAUGCUACCUACAAUUCGCGCAUGGAAACGAAUAUAACCAGAACCAAGGCCGAUGUAUCGUUAGUUGCUGACAAACACUACGAGUCCAAUAACUGCAUAGCUAUCUGCUCAAACACAGAAAAGCCUCAAAUUACGCCAAUGGAUCUGGUGGACAAUAAGCUCAGAGAAUGGGACUUUCCGAUAGAGUCGGAAUCAUCAGAAGAAUCACUGAUGUCGGCGAUAUCCGCGGUACAAGACAGCGAGGAGAGUGAUGGAACGACUGAUGAUGAAUCGAGCGAUUCAUCGACAGAUAUUGAAAAUGCGGCAGUAGGAAUCGAAAGUGACGAUGAAUAUAUCGUUUUCGAAAGCGGCGAAGAAAGUCAGAAAGACGAUGACGGCUCGCUUCAGAUUCUGUCCCGUACCAGGGUGGGGAACGGCAGCAGCGUUGAUGAAUUCUCGAACAAUGAAGUCCGAGAUCAUAGAUGCCUCCCCGGAGCAUCUGACCAGAGAAGGAAGGUAUCGUUCAGCAUGAAGCAUGAGGUACACAUCAUUCGAACGUGGGAUUUUGCGUAUCGACAGGCUCGAAUUGGUGAUAAAUGGAUGAUGGCAGCUAGGGAUAGGGAUCGGUUCAGGAGACGGAUCGAUGAGAUUGGAAAAAUAUUGAAGCCCGCAUUGGAGAAAGAUUUGCGACUGAAAAUAUACCGCAGUAGGUUUGAAGAUGGAAAGUGAGGAGUUUCUAGUACUGCGAUAUUUAGCAUGAGACGAACCAAUAAAAGCUUAAAUCGUAACGAA